AUGGGGUGGCGCGAGAGCGCUAAGGUAAUCGUGCUGCGCGCCUGGAACGCGAGGAUUGUGCAUCUAGCUUAUUCGGCGAAUGCUGCGAGGGACUCCGAGCGCGAGGGCGGGGCCGCCGCGCGGGGCUCCAGCGCCAGCUGCGGAGCCAGCGAGCCGCCGGAGGGCCCGAGGCCCCUGGGGUCGGCCCUGGUGCGGGAGAAGUUCACCUGCCGCAGCGUGAGAGAGGCCCUGCCCAGGAGCCACAGCGAGCUGUGGAAGUGCAGCACGAUAUGCCACGCGGACAACGGCCGACGGCGCUUCUCCACCAACAGGUUCUCGCGGAACGGAUCCAAGGGCCCAGUCGCGGACUACGAGGAGAUCAUGAAGUUUCUGCUCGAGGUCCCGCUUUUCGCGAGGCUGCCGAAGGGCAUGCCCGCCCUUGUCGCGAAGGCCUGCGCGCUGAAGGUGUUCCCCGCGGGCCAGGUGAUCAUCAAGCAGGGCGAUGUCGGGACCGAGUUCUUCGUGAUAUGGUCGGGGCGAGCGCAGGUGCUGAUUACCAGCGAUGAUGAGGCCAAGCCCAAGGAGGUGGCGACGCUCACCAGCGGGGACUACUUCGGCGAGGGCGCGCUCCUGCGCAACGAGCCCCGCAGGGCCACCAUCAAGGCCUCCGCGCCGCUGUCUGCGCUCACCAUCAGCCAGGAGAAGUUCCAGGAGCUGGCGCUCCACGAGCGGCUGCAGUUCCGCCGCAAGGCCAUCUGGGAGGGCGGCCCGAAUCGGCGCGAGGUGACCGUGAGGCCCCCGACCAAGAAGACCGUCCAGGAGCAGAACCUUAUCAAGAACGCCAUACGAAAGAACAAGACCCUGUGUGGCAUGGUGUCGCUGAGCAACCAGCGGAUGCAGGAUCUCACCGACAUGUUCUGGAGGGAGACGGUGCCCGCCAACAAGGAACUGCUGACGCAGGGUGACCCCAUCGCCGACUACUUCUACAUCGUCCAGUCUGGUUCCUUCGAGGUGGUCGAGGAUGGCCAGCUGGUCGGGGUCGCCCGCGCCGGCGACAGCUUCGGGGAGCGGGCUCUGCUUUACUCGAUGCCCCGGAAAAACACGGUGACGUCGCUGGAGCUGUCGAAGGUGUGGGCGCUCGACCGUGGCAACUUUAAGAGCAUGCUCGUGCAGGUCUCCGAAGACAAGCUGUGGGAGUACGUGACCUACCUGGACAACACCAGGUUUCUCAAGCACCUGCUUGAAGACGAGAAGCUUGCCAUCGCCAGAGCCAUGACCCAGAUGAACUUCAAGAAAGGCGACGCCAUUUUCAAGCAGGACGAAGAAGGCUACCAGUUCUACAUCCUGUACGACGGCGAGGUCUCCGUGCGGCGCGACGGCUCGGAGGUCAUGAGGAUGAAGGCCGGGAAAGAGGACUGCCCGCCGCGGGGCGCCAGCUUGGCGGGCAGCCCAGUGGCUGGCGGGGAGGCGAGCAUGCAGACCCUGGCGAGCACCGACUUGCCGCACGGUCCGUCAGGCCGCAGCGGCGCCAGCCUGACGCUGCGACCCCCGAGCGUGCGGUGCGUCGGGGAGCGGGCGCUGCUGGAGCCGGAGCUGCGCCAGGCGUCGGUUAUCGUCGUCUCGGACACGGCCAGGGCCAUGGUGCUGGACAGGGCCUCGGUGGAGACGCUCUUGGGGCCGCUGGAGGGCAUCUUCGCCCUGCCGCACUGGGCCCAGCGCUUGCCCGUGUGCUUGCCCUGCCUGGACUUCGCGCGGGUGCACAGGGCCAAGCAGAGGACGCAGACGGUCGAGGUGAGGUCGCUGCAGGAGCAGGGCAGGUCGCUGCAGGACCCGGGCAGCAUGAUGGGCAGCGGCUUGCGCAGACAGCCGUCCACCUACGGCAUGCAGGCCUUCCGGCCCGACCGCAUCCUGAAGGCGGACCUGGCCCGCGUCGGUUACCUCGGCGGCGGAGGUUUCGGCACCGUGGAGCUCUGGGAGCACAGGCUCACGGGCAAGACUUACGCGCUGAAGACGCUAAACAAGGGUCUCAUCACCCGAGAGGGCAUGCAGCAGAGGGUGCUGACGGAGAAGCUCGUGCUCAACAUGGUGGACUCGCCCUUCAUCGUCACCCUCUACGAGACGUACAACGACCCGCUGAACCUCUUCUUCCUGAUGGAGGCUGCACUUGGCGGCGAGCUGCACAGCACCUACAAGCGCAAGCGCUUGUACGGCAGCGUGGAGCACGCGCGGUACUAUUCGGCGUGCGUGGCCCUCGCGUUCUGGCACUUGCACGACCGCUUCAUCAUUUACAGGGACUUGAAGCCAGAGAACGUCCUGCUGAGCGCCGUUGGCCACGCGAAGGUGGCAGACUUCGGCCUCUCCAAGCUGGUGAUGGGCAAGACCUUCUCCAUCUGUGGCAGCCCCGACUAUUUCGCACCAGAGCUGGUGAACCAGACGGGCCACACGCUCGCCCUGGACUGGUGGCAGCUGGGCGUGCUCGUCUACGAGCUGCUGACAGAGCAGCCCCCGUUCCAGGAGUACGCAGUCAUGCUCAACCAUAUCAUGUAUUUGCGCACCGUUUCUGUCCGCGUGGCGAAGCAGAAGGACUUCCAGUUGAAGUACACACUGAAGAUCGAGCACGUGCUGUGGAAGGAUGGGGGCAAGUCUCGGAUCUUGAAUAACAAAAGGCUCACGAACGCCACGAAGCAUUGCGAACCGCAGCUCAACCAGUUGGACGACGCCUCAACGCAGCAACGGGAGAAGCAGUUAUGUAAUCAAAUGGCGAAGCCGAUGAAUUCCCACUCGACAGAGGGAAAGGCUUCAGGCAGCGCAGUUCAGCAUCGUCGCCAUCCGUGGAGGCACCACCAGUGCAGCGGCCUGCGCAAAUUUCUCAAGCUUAUGUGCAAGUGCAACAGUGAGCUCAGCCGUUGA